GGUACGCAGACACGACGCUGGCAGGGUCCGUAGCUCGACGAUCUGCUAAUUACGUCUGAUUGAGUUCGGCGUUCUUCUCUCGGCCCUUGCGCUUGCGUACUACGGCUCGUUCCCGUCACCGCGUCCCGGAUCGGGAAGUGUCAAAGUGGGAGCUGGGAUCCCCCGCCUUCGCCGCCGCUACUGCUGAACCCGCACCCUUCAUCCCGGCCGGGCCCUACCGCCAUGACGAACGUGUACUCCUUGGACGGCAUUCUGGUCUUUGGUCUGCUCUUCGUAUGCACCUGUGCCUACUUCAAGAAGGUACCUCGUCUCAAAACCUGGCUGCUCUCAGAGAAGAAGGGCGUUUGGGGCGUGUUUUACAAAGGUAAGGUCUUCUUCUCUAGACCCAGAGAGGAGAUAGAUCUUUCUCGGCAGCCCUGGGCUACCAACUGCUGUGAUUGGGACCCGGUUGCAUGCUGCUGUUGCAAUUGCCUGCAUUGUAAUGGCCUUUUAUGUCCUGUUUAUCAAAUGAAUUCCAAAGUAUCCCACUCAUCCACCGCCAACCAAGGGGAUAAAGAUGAAGAACUUGUCGGGAACCUGGACCAAGUGUAGGAGAGUUCAGCCAAACUCAUCAGCGCCCCUAAGAUGACACGGCAGCGUCUGCUGCCGUAUGCGGCAAAACUCAUGGUCACAAACAUGAUUUUUACUCCAGGGGACUCCAGAAAGCCACCUUCUUUGAUCUCUGUGUUAAUCAGCCCUCAGCAGCAAGCAUAUAUCUCCAGAUAAAUCACACCCCUUGGUGAUAUGAUUAUGUACCUCCUGCUUAAAAACCUGGGCUGGGUGAUAGCUCAGUAGUAGAGGAUUUGCUUACUAUUGUCAAGGUCCUGGGUUUGAUCCCCAACACUGAAAAAAACAACCUGUAAUUGGUCAUCUAUUUUGCUCUUCAGUCCCUCAUCAGAACCUUUGAAAACUGAGGCUCAUUAGGGAAGAAUAUAGGCUGUGUUCAGACUUCCUGGAAGGGAAGACCUUUUUGGUUUGGGAUUUUUUUUUUUUUGAGAUACAAUCUCUGAAUAUCCCUGGUUGUCCUGGAGCUCUCUGUGUAGACCAGGCUGGCCUGUAACUCACAGAGAUCUGCCUGCCUCUGCCUCCUGAGUGCUGGGAUUAAAGGCAUACAUCAGAAGAUAAUUUAAGGCUUGACUUUAUUGGCUAAUUUGAAUAUGGUGAAUUGGGGAGGGAGAGUGGGACUGAGUGGGAAAUAGGAGUUAUAAAAGGUCAAGAAAUAGUUUGGCUUUUGAAAUGUGUAUUUUCUAUGACCAUCUGGGAGUUUAAGAGAGCAUGGUUCUCAGUGUAGAGAGAACAGAUUGCCAUGUGCUGGUAGCUUGAGGGUUUUCCCAAGAGAACCCAAGAAUGUGCAUUCCAGGGUUGUUGGUUUGGAGACUAGGAGCAGUGAGUGAGACAGGAAGCAUUUUCUGCUCACCAGUCUCCUCAAAGAAGAUUCCACCUGACCAACUGAUAUGUAGAAAAUGAACCAACUCUUACUAUUUCCUAAAGCUUUUGUAAUACUUUCUAAAUUACUUAGUGCUAAAUACUGUUACUCAGUUUUAAAUACCAAUGCUGGGGGAAGGAACUAUUGAAUAAAUAAUUGACUAAUAUAUUUGAAGUUCUGCUAGAAGAGAUAAGUAAAUUAGUAUAUCAAUUCAUAUACUAGUAAAUUCAUCUAGUAUAAGAAUUUAUUGUAAUGAAAGUAUAUAUAGAUGGGAAUUCUGUCAUGUUAUAAAAGACACAACUUGUUCUUUAAUCUGGGUUACAGCAAUUUUUAAUUGUGUCUCUGCAAACUCACUUUUCUUCAUACUGCAGUAUUUCACUGGUGUAUUUUACUGUAAGACCAUGAGAAAUUGAAAUGAGAGGAGGCACUGAUAUUACCAUAUUGGACAGCUCUCCAUUAAUAAAAUGAGUGUGUUACUGAGUAAAGGAAAACAGAACUUCCAGCUGAGUAUUCAGGGAUUUUCCAUGGAAUGUGAGGACUUCUGGACAGAUGAUGUUAGAUAACUCAACGUUUGCAGGGAAGAUUUUUCCAUUCCUUCCUCCUUAUGCCUGCAAAAGAAUCAGCUGUUAGGUGAAAAGUCUACAACAAUCUAAAAAGAGAGAGAGAGAGAGAGAGAGAGAGAGAGAGAGAGAGAGAAUCUAAUACUAAUAAUACACAAGGGUAUACACAGAUGUUCCAGUUGAGUUGUCCAUCAUAAAGCCUGAGUGGACAAGCGCUGUGGCUCACUUGCAGGUGAAGUGAAGUUCUCUCGUCUGCACGUGCUGCAAGAACAAAGGCUGCUGGGAGGCUUUGGUUCCCAUGCACCUGAGUCUUUGAUUGCAGUGGUAUAAAGCACUGCGUGUGUGAGCGUCUCUCUUCAGGAAUUGGUCCGUAGGGUGAACGGCAGUGAUUGCUGCUUUCCAUGGUCAUUCCUGAGGAUUGUACACAGGAGAGAGAAAUCUGAUGGAUCUACAGAGAUCCUGGGAGUGAGUUAGGGACCUGUUGACCUCCUGGGUGUCCUGUGGGAAGCAGGUUCAGCACCAGUUACUUUGUAUUUAAUUUGUAUUUACUGACUUGUUUUCAGAUGGGGCUGAUGGCUCCGACUUGGGUCUGCAGAGCACCUUCAUUUCUUAAACAGCUUUUCAUUCUGCAGCUUCCUUCAGGGCUCCUCUUGGCCUAAAUGCCUGAGUUGGUAGAUUUUAAGAUGUUUUCUUAAGAGAAUGUUCCAAAAAGUACAUGAAGAAGCAAAUGCCCUAUUUCACUUCUUGACUCUUGACUUUAUGUAAGCAGGUACAUAGGAGCCUGGUGUACUCACUGUUUAGGCUGAUGUGUCUCAUUUUUGGCAAAGAAAAGAAUGAUAAAUUUUUCCUCUAGGGGAAGUUCUUUAGGGGGUAGAAGUUGGAGGGUAGCAAUAUUGCUUCAGAUUCAGGUUCAUCACCAUGAAUCCUGCUCACCAGGGUCAAAUGAAAUCAGCUCCUUUUUAUAGUUGAAAUACCAUUUUUUAUUCACCAUUGUUGGCACAGUCCUUGAAAAUAAACCUUUUUCCCUGUG